CGCGACGACUGCAACGAGUUUCGUUCGGCGCGCCCCGCGCUCCCUCCGUUUAGUACCACGCGGGCGCGCGUUGAAUACGAACGUGUUACGUAAUUAUUAUUUUACUUCGUGCAGUGACAACAAAAUGGAUUCCAUGAUAGAUAAAAAUAGCAUCGAAUACCAAGAAUCUAAAAGAAAAUACUUGCAAAUCAUAGCAGAGAAUAAGGAGUGGCUUCAUAAUGAUUAUGUUUGUACGGCAGAGCAAAUUAAAACGAGAAUCAAAGAAUUGAUUCUGAAUCCGCAGAGCAACGAAAAUUUGGUAGCGGGGUUAAAGGAUGGUAAAUUGAGGCUGUAUAAGAAGGUAAGCCCCAAUAUGAUAAUGGAGAUUCUUACUGUGGAAGAUGCAUUUGAUACUAUAUUGAGUGCACACAUACAAAGUUCCCACGGCGACGCUGACACUACUUAUAAAGCUAUGUCGAACACGCACUCUGUAUUAAUGUUUUGUGUGAAUGCAGUAAUCGACUCGUGUUCUUCUUGUGCCAAGUCUGCCGAUGAACAGAGAAGAGGAGUUUGGCGAAUGAACAUAGUCAAAGUUAAUCCACGUUUACCAACUUCUACAUAUAACAAAGCAAGCUACUUACUAAUUAUGAAGGAAGAAGCCACUAACUUUAUUAUACUAAGAUCAUUAUACCCCUCUUUACAAGAAGUAGCAUUUGAACUGAUGAAAAUCUUUGUCGAAUUCAAUUAUCCGAAAAAGAUCGUUGUGGCUGAUAAUUUGCAAACUUACAAGCAACUGAUGGUAUUAGUACGUGCUAUAAAUCCGGGGCCAAAGAUGCCGGAGAUAUUACAAUCAAGUAAGAAAGAAAUAUUUGAAGCGGACAAAACUGAGGUUUUGAAUGAAAUCGAGGAUUGGGCGACGAUGGAGAACGGCUUGCAUUGGGACCAAUACUGCCACAUGGUCCAAUACAAAAUGAAUACUGAGAAGAAAGACUUGACACGACUAGAUCCUAAGUAUAAAGUGAAUGGCGUUCCUUUUAAGUUAUUUUUUAAAUAUGAGCCGCACUCUCUUAUGGAAUGGGUACCGAAAUCAGCUGGAAACUUGACAGAGACUUAGAAAUUGUGUUGUUGAUAGUUAUGUUAAUUUUUUUUUUACUUUUAUAAUGAGAACCGAAUUUUGUUUGCUUAAAUUGUUGAUUAAGUUUAUGAAAGUGUUGAAUUGAAAUUAUUGUUGAGAGAAGUGUCCAUGUGAUUGGCAAAUAAAUAAAUUACUUU